AUGAAGAUUGAGCUAAUGGCGUUUUGGAGAUGGAGGUUUCUGUCUUCUGGUUCCCGACCGUUACCUACUCCCCCUUCUUCCAACGGCUACUUUCUUUCAUUUCUCAGUUUCCUCCAACGGCUAGCUUUCAAAGUGUAUCCCUUACCUCCUUUCCCAUCUUCUAUAAAUACCCUUCACAAAAUCACACACAAACCCACCAAAAAAAACCAAAACAGCCCUCCUCCCCCGGGUAGUAAUAUCUCUGUUUCUUCAUCAAUGGCUACUCUGACGAAGUCUUCUCUUGCUGUGGCAGUCUCUCUCUGCUUCUUCUUCCUCUCCUCGUCUGCGAAUGAAGUCAUCGUCGGUGGAAAAUCCGGCGAAUGGAAGAUCCCUUCCUCCUCUUCUGACUCUUUCACUCUCUGGGCUCAGAGUUCUCGCUUCAAAGUCGGAGACUUUCUUGUAUUUCAUUACGAAGAAGGUAAUGAUUCGGUUCUACAAGUCACACCAGAGGCUUACAAGAGCUGCAACGCCACGAAUCCGAUAGCAAAUUACAGCGGAGGGGACACGAAGGUGAGGCUGGAGAGGCCAGGUCCCUUUUACUUCAUCAGUGGAGCAGAGGGUCACUGUGAGAAGGGUCAGAAGCUGAAACUCGUCGUCGUCACUCCUCGACACUCCGCCUUCUCUCCGGCACCUUCUCCGGCGGACUUCGACGGUCCCGCCGUCGCCCCCACCAGUGCUGCCGCCGGAGCUCGCGGCGGAGUUGUUUCUGCGGUCGGUCUUGUUCUUGGUUUGUGGGCUUUGUUCUGAUGCAGUGGUCUCUAGAACGCUCUUUUUUUUGUAGCUUUUAAUUGGAUAUUUUUAUUUAUUUAUUUUUCUCUACAUGUACCAAGAGAUCUUAGCUCUUUGCUAAAUUUAUCAUUCGAUUUAUGUAUUAAAGUACU